AUGUGUAGUCUAGCAGCAAAUCGAAGAAGUCGUGGCCUCAAUGCUUCCGCCGUGAAUGGAGGUGCCAUCAUUGGUGCAGGUUAUAUCACUAGAGAAACCGACAGAGCACUUGAUAUAACGGUCGAAAAAAUGGCCUUGAUGCAUCUUUCAGAGGAGGACUUUCAUCAAAUGAUCGCUGAAGCUAUAGAAUCUGGGCAUUCAGGCUCUCCACACUCACCCGAAAUCACGACUGGGCUCCUUGACAUUUCUUCCGACUCUCCGCACAUUCCAAAAUGGUACUCAAAUCCGAAGUUCGCUCGGUUUAUUGUCAACAGGGCGGCAAAUGAGGAAGAUAGAAAGGGGAGGACAGCGACUGUAACGAUUCACGAUCAUCUUGGGAACUGCAAAACCAAAAAAGACCUCUUUCAACUCGUGGGGAAAUCUUUCGGCGAUCAAGUACGCAAACUCUUACAAUUAUCCGAAGCUGUGACUAUCGAUGAGAUUCUUUCCAAACGAGCACUAGAGCUGGGAAUUGACUCUCUUGUUUCUGUUGACAUAAGACACUGGGUAUUGAAAAAUUUCCUUGUUAGCAUCCCAGUUCUCAGACUGAUGGGGAAUGACACUUUGAAUAGCUUUGUUCAGAUUGUGGUUGAAGGGAUUCCCGCUGAAAUGUUGCCUGUGAUGCAUACAUCCACCGUUGACAGAAUGAGCGAGACAACAAGUUCCACCACAGUCAGUGUACCAAGUACACUGAGCACCGAACAAUGCUCCCCAUCCAUCAAUACUGAGUUCAUAGAUUGGGAAGCGGAGUCCAAUAUCCCAGAAGAUUUGAGAUGCAUAAAGACUGUCUAUGGAUCAUCGCCUGCUGUGCCUCCAAAGAAUUUAGUAUUGAUAGGAGCCACUGGUCUACUGGGUCGCCACCUUUUAGAGAGUCUUCUCAGAGAGACAUCCACUGAGGUCGUACAUUGCCUUGCUGUCCGAAACCUCGCAAGCCGCACAGUAGACGAGCUUGUUGCUGACGAACGCAUCAAAUACUACCACGGCAAUCUCUCAGAUCCUCUCCUCGGACUUUCGAAAGAGGAAGCGGAGUCGAUCUUUGCCAAGGCAGAUGCUGUAAUUCACAACGGCGCAGACACCUCACAUAUCAAAUCAUUUCACGACCUACGUUCUUCCAACGUCGGCUCUACCAUUGAAUUGACUCGAAUGUGCCUGCCACGCAAAAUUCCUAUGCAUUAUAUAUCCUCAGUGGGCGUAGCGAUUUACAGUGACAAGAAUCCUUUUCCCCCUGUAUCAGUCGCUGGAAAUGGUUCAAUUUCUCCCGCGGCAGAUGGCUCGUUUGGGUAUGGUUCCUCCAAAUGGACCAACGAGAGAUUUCUCGAGCGUGUUCAGGAACAUCACGCUCUCCCGAUCUGCAUCUAUCGACCUUCAACUAUUAUCCGUGAGGGAGUACAUAGCAGAACAACCAGGGCAAAAUUAGAUUGGGUGAAUUCCCUUUUGUACUACAUUCGAAAGACAAAAACAGCGCCCAGGAUCGUAAAUGCUCACGGAGCAUUCGAUCUUGUUCGCGCAGAGACUUGUUGCGCGGAUGUUGUACGACAUCUUUCUAAAGGGGAGCCAGGUAAAAGUCAGAUGCUCAGGUAUGUGAAUCAGGUUGGCGACCAGGUCAUUCCAAUGAAUGAGAUAUCUCUCGUGGAUUCUGAGAGAGGGGAGUGCUAUGAGUUGCUGGAUCUGGAUGAAUGGAUUCGAGAGGCCGUAUAG